CUGCUUCAUGCUUCCCCUUCAAAUGUGAAAUUAAAACAAACCUUAUGUUUGUGUUUAUUUGAGGAGAAAUGAAAAGUUGUUCAAAAAUGUUGUUAAGUGGAAGAUGGCAGAAGAAACAGAUGCCAAAACACACAGUUUGCGCAGUAAAAACUUUCACGUUUGUAUGCAUCAUUGUAAACAUUAUUUUCACGUUGUAGUUCAAUGGUAUAUUUACAAAUGCAAAUAACUAGCAAUAUGGAAAUAAAAGGACUAGUGAAAUGCAAGGUGCUGCGCUGAAGAGCCGCAGACACAAUGAGGUGGGGGCCGCUAUUCACAGACGUAACAUACGGGGCUCAGCGCAGCCUCCAGGCCUGACCACAUCAGAGCACUGGCCUUCAGCUGUGAACAAUCACUAAAUAAAUGUGCCAAUGUACAGAUAUUUACAGAGAAUACCAAGGAGUGCACAAUUUUGGAUUUGUGCCACUUUGGAAGUGGUUUUAUCCAUCCAUCCAUCCAUCCAUCACAUCCAGGGUCUCCCCUGCUUCAUAUAAUAGAGUCUAUGCUCACCGUGACGAAUACUCAGAUUCCAUACGCUGUCCCAUUUCUAAUUACAGAAGAAAACCUACUUCAUACAUUUAUUUAAUCUCUGCAAGCACACGAAGAUCAACUGGUUUAGGUAUUUUACUCAGAAUGUUCUCACCAUUGAGAACCUGUGGAGAUACUGUUAACAUUGUCCAGAAACUGCCUGAAAUUCAUGUAUUUUCAUUAAUGUUGCGUGUUAUGGUCGGGAAUUAAAGUAGGGAAAAAACCAACUUGACGUUCUUUUGUUAGGUUUUUCCCCCCAACAUGGACUUUAUAAAUAAGCCUAAAUUGUACCUAUGCCUUUUUUGCCUACUCAUAGUGAAAUCAUAUAUUGACGACUGGAUUAAUAAAAAAAGCAACGCAAAUGCGCACGUAAUCGGAAAUGUUACAGCCAGCCCACACGGUGUCUCCUUGAAAUAAUUCCCCCGACAACACACUUGGGUUCCGCUAGGAGAUAUGAAAACAAAAGAUUAGGUUUGAUGUUGCACUGGUAUUUCUUUUCUUCUUUAACAAAAUAAACGCUACUUUAAAACACUGAGCGGUUUUUGAAACCCAGUUUGUUCGUAAAUCACUGAACAAUGCAAUGGACACUGGCGAAGAGCUGCAGGAAUCACCGAUGAUUCACGGAAAGGAGCCGCCCAGGCCGCGAAUCGACAGGGCUGAGACCCCUGCAAGCAGCAGCCAGACCCCGAGCGCUCCCCUAUCCCCGAUGGACCCUCUGAACACGCUGUCCAACUUCGACACGGAGAUGGAGCCGGACGGGCAGGGCAACUACUCGCUGUUUCCAGCCUUAGACAACAUCGCAAGCCUGUCCGGCGCCUCUGAGAGCCUGGAAACUGAACCACCAACCGAUGUUGCUGACAAGCCAAAUCUCACAUGGCUUGAUGCUGCCCAGAUUGUCCUUGAGGAGGCCGGCCGGCCGAUGCACAUUAAAGAAAUCAAGCAGAGAAUUAUUGAUAGGGGCCUGGUGCAGUCAAAUGCCAAGUCAAGUCUGGAAGCUGUGAUGUACCGCGAGACUCAGAAAGGGAGCAGGCGCUUCAAGAGGAUUGAGAACAGAAAUGGAGUCUUUGCACUGCUGAGCGAUGAAGAGAGGCAGCAGGUUUCACGUUCAUUCUCCAGCCAGGCUUUCCUGGGCCCCCCCACCCAGGCCGCCUUCUCCAGCUCCAGCUCCGGGACCUCACUGCCCCCCUUCCCCUCUCCGCCAGGUCUUGCGGAGCCCAGGCCAAAAGCCAGGAAGCUCCAGCGCAAGAAUCAGAAUGAAAAGUACCGGCUGAAGUACCUUAGGCUGCGCAAAGCUGCCCGCGCCAUGAUAUUUGAGAAUGUUGCUCUCUGUGAUGAAGUUGCUCAUCUGGAGGAAAAGUUUCUCAGAGCUAAAGAGGAACGAAGGUUUCUGCUGAAGACUCUUCUUCAGUACCAGUCUCUGCCAGAGGGGGAGCUGCUCUCCACGCCCAGUGCCACCUGUAACGCCACUGCGGCCUUCACCUCCAGCUCUGCUGGGGUCCCUCUCCUGACGGGGGGGCUCUGCCUGGGGCCCAGCAGCUCUGGGACAGAUGAGGGCCUCCCUAAAAAGCCGAAGAAGGAACGGAAGGAGCGAGGCAGAGAGAAUGGAAGAGAGGAUGUCCUGAAAAAGGUGUCGAAGAAAAAGAAAGUGCUGGAAGGAGGGGUCCGUAGGCUGGUCCAGCCCAUCCCCUUGGACUCCUGUGGGCGCCCAGUCUUCCCUAUUGUGCUGGGAGGGCUGACGGUUUACAGCCUGGGGGAGAUCAUCACAGACAGGUCUCACUUCCAUGACGAGAGCGCCAUCUACCCAGUGGGUUUCUGCAGCACACGUGUGUUUCCCAGCAUGAAGAGCCCAGAGCAGCAGUGCCUGUACACUUGUCAGAUCAAGGAUGGGGGGGCGGGACCCCAGUUUGAGAUCGUUCCUGAGGAGGACCCCCAGAAUUCCAUCGUCGCCUCCUCUGCCCAAACUUGCCACGCCAACCUUUUGAAGGCAAUAACAGCCGUAAGUGGCAAACCUCUGUCCCCCAUUCAGCCGUCGGGGGCUGAAUUCUUUGGAUAUUCCCACCCCACCAUCCAGAACCUAAUCCAGAGCUGCCCGGGAGCACGCAAAUGCGGGCACUACCAGUGGGUACGUUUUGAAGUCUGCCGGCCUGGCAGCGGACAGCUGUCGCACAGCCCAUCUGAGGAUGACGCAGCCAUCAACUUUGAGGCCUUCCAGAGGCAGCUAGGUCACGAAAACAGCAUGGCGACGGAGCACAGUGUGGGAGGCCGACCGACACAGGCUACACUCUCAUCGCACGCUCGUCUCCUUGGCUCUGCAACCAUACAAACCUCAGCAUCCCACUUCAGCAGCCCCUGAGUCCUGCAGCGGGACCCAGUUAACCCUUUCUUGGUCGUCUGCAGAAGAAGCUUAACAGAGGCUGCAGUUUAACCCACCUAUUGCUUCCUGAGGAUGUGAUGUGGAACUUGGCAUCUCCAUGUACAUUUAUCCUGGAUGGACCAAAUAUUCAUGAAUCAAGAAUCAUCUCGCUUAUUAGCAUUUCGUGUGGACAGUGGCAUUUGGAGAGUAGUGGUUUCCCUCUGUAUCCAAUAAAGCUUACUGCUUCGCUUAUGUGAAUAAUGUAAAGCAAUAAGAAGAGACUGCUCUUCUCUUAGGUAGGACCAUAGUGUUAAUCUGGUAAUUUUGUUUAUAGAUUGUAUCAUGGACAGAAAAAUAAAACACUGGAAGCAACAGGGAUAUUAUUGAAUUAUGUUUCAGUAUUUUCAUUUAUAAUAAAAGUUAUACCCAAAUAAUUCUGAAACCACUGUGGUAUUCACUACCUACCAGUGAGAGGCAGCUUUCACUGUUCCUCCCCAUCCUAUCAAAGUAGCAGUAUUAUUCUCAAUGAUGUGUAUUGCUCCAAAACCUGUACUUUAUGCUUUUACAUCCAUCCAUUUUCUGAAACCGCUUAAUCCCUGUUUUUUCUUGUAUAAGAUAAAGUGCUGUUUAGCAGAA